AAAACAAAAAAAACCGUCCCUUCUUCUUCUUCUUCUCCUUCAGAAAUUUUCAGUUCAACUUCAAAGUAAACCACUAUGAGGAAACAUGGAUGGCAGUUACCUUACCACCCUCUUCAGGUGGUCGCUUGUGCUGUGUUUUUAUCUCUGGGAUUUGCCUUCUACGUCUUCUUCGCUCCUUUUGUUGGAAAUAAGACGUGUCAGUAUAUUGUUAUUGGCCUUUACUCACCGCUGAUUAUUACUGUCUUUGGACUGUACAUUUGGUGUGCAGCAUCAGAUCCAGCAGAUCCAGGGGUUUUUAAGUCGAAAAAGUAUCUUAAAAUCCCAGAAAGUAAAAAGCUUGCUAAAGUAAAGAGUUCUAAAUUAGGUGAAGAAUCAACUUCGUCAAUGCAUGAAGCAUAUGCAUCAACAGAUGGAGCUAAUUAUGUGGAAAAGGAGGGAUUGGAAACAAAAGAAUUUUCAAAAAAUGCUUCGGAUUCAGUGGAAAAGAGUACGUCAUCAUGUUCAUCUUGUGUACUCUUGGUUUCUUCCCCUUGUGCUUAUAUCUGCAGCUGCUCAAGUUUAACUGAGAAAUCUUCAGAUAAACAAAUAAGUGAAGAUGGUAUGUUCUAUUGCAGUUUGUGUGAAGUCGAGGUUUUCAAGUACAGCAAGCACUGUAGAGUUUGUGACAAGUGUGUAGAUCACUUUGAUCAUCAUUGCCGAUGGCUUAACAACUGUAUAGGGAAAAAAAACUACUGCAAAUUUUUUGCGCUCAUGGUUGCUGCUAUGCUCUUGUUUAUUCUUCAAUGGUUGACUGGGAUACUAGUGCUUAUCUUCUGUUUUGUCAAGAGGAAGCAAUUUUCUGUGGAUAUAUCCUCCAAGUUGGGAACCAGUUUCUCUCUAGUUCCUUUUGUUCUUGUGGUGUCCAUCUGCACCAUUCUUGCAAUGAUUGCUACCUUACCAGUUGCUCAGCUUUUCUUCUUUCACAUCCUCCUCAUUAAAAAGGGACUCAGCACGUAUGAUUACAUAAUAGCUAUGAGGGAGCAGGAUCAGGAGCAGCUAGGAAACGGAGGUCAGCAAAGUCCCCAAAUGUCAACUGUUAGCUCACUUACUGGAUUUAGUAGUGCAAGCUCCUUCACUAAUUUACACCGAGGUGCAUGGUGCACACCCCCACGCCUGUUACUUGAAGAUCAGUUUGAUGUGGUGCCCCCAGACACGGUUUCUGUUAGUUCGCUGGGAAAGAAGACAGUGAGAGAAGAUCCGUUAAAGAAAAAGAAUCCCGGGACUGUAAAAAUUAGUCCUUGGGCAUUGGCACGCUUAAAUGCAGAAGAAAUUUCCAAGGCUGCUGCAGAAGCAAGAAGAAAGUCCAAAGUUCUGCAGCCUGUAACAAGACAUCCCAGAAUCGAGAACAAUAAGAAGCGGGCUGGUAAGCGGGUUCAUCUUCUUGCCGACUUUUCUAUGGAGUCUCUCAGAAAAGAUUCUGCGAGUAAUGUCGAUAAAGGUUUGAGUGGGAUAUCUAGAUUUGCCCCUCUACCGUUUGAAGGGCGCAGUGCAUUUCAAACAGGUAAAGCGAUUUUGAGCUCAGCUGGGAUUGUUCCUUCGUCACCUGAAAGCAGUUUAGACUCUCCUGAUAUUCGCCCUUUUGGGGUGUCCUCUUCGGGUGUUGAUAAAGCAAGAAAGCUUGCAGGCUCUUCCGCUGCUGAUGCUGCUACAACUCUGAAGGAAAUUCCUGUGUCAAGUUCAACUAGUGAUGGAUAUGAGGCUUCUGGUGGGGAAGACAGUGAUCGGGUUGUUCCAAGCAGGAUUGUUCAGAGAUCUACAGAUUGGAGUAAUGUUCUUUUCAGAGCUCAUAUGGAUGAAAGUGCUUUGGAAAAGCCUGAAUCGUCAUCCAGUGUUGUUGGUCACAGUAGAUAACUAUAUUUCUGACCAUUUUAUUAGAAAUGUUCAUUCUUUGACGGGUGAGCAAUAGGUUCUUAAACAUUUAAGAUGAUACUCGCAAAUUUUGGACCUUUUGUACAAAGUUUCAUGUUGAUAGUAACUGUUGGUGAAAUGUGGUCGGUCUGUGUAGAAUGUCGCUAUUUCUAUCAUGAAAAGUACAAAUUGCUGAAUUUGGGAAGAGAAUUAUU